AUGCAGGCCAAAAAACGCUAUUUCAUCCUCUCAGCUGUCUCUUGUCUCGCCCUUUUGUUUUAUUUCGGAGGCUUGCAGUUUAGGGCAGCAAAGAGCCACAGCCGGAGAGAGGGGCACAGCGGUCGGAAUGGCUUGCACCACCCGAGUCCGGAUCAUUUCUGGCCCCGCUUCCCGGACGCUCUGCGCCCCUUCGUUCCUUGGGAUCAAUUGGAAAACGAGGAUUCCAACGUGCACAUUUCCCACCGGCAGAAGCGAGAUGCCAACUCGAGCAUCUACAAAGGCAAGAAGUGCCGCAUGGAAUCCUGCUUCGAUUUCACCCUUUGCAAGAAAAACGGCUUCAAAGUCUACGUGUACCCGCAGCAGAAAGGGGAGAAAAUCGCCGAAAGUUACCAAAACAUUCUAGCGGCCAUCGAGGGCUCCCGGUUCUACACCUCGGACCCCAGCCAGGCGUGCCUCUUUGUCCUGAGUCUGGAUACUUUAGACAGAGACCAGUUGUCGCCUCAGUAUGUGCACAAUUUGAGAUCCAAAGUGCAGAGUCUCCACUUGUGGAACAAUGGUAGGAAUCAUUUAAUUUUUAAUUUAUAUUCCGGCACUUGGCCUGACUACACCGAGGACGUGGGGUUUGACAUCGGCCAGGCUAUGCUCGCCAAGGCCAGCAUCAGUACUGAGAACUUCCGACCCAACUUUGAUGUUUCUAUCCCCCUCUUUUCUAAGGAUCAUCCCAGGACAGGAGGGGAGAGGGGGUUUUUGAAGUUUAACACCAUCCCUCCUCUCAGGAAGUACAUGCUGGUAUUCAAGGGGAAAAGGUACCUGACAGGGAUAGGGUCAGACACCAGGAAUGCCUUAUAUCAUGUCCAUAACGGGGAGGACGUCCUGCUCCUUACCACCUGCAAGCAUGGCAAAGACUGGCAAAAGCACAAGGAUUCUCGCUGUGACCGAGACAACACCGAGUACGAGAAGUAUGAUUAUCGGGAAAUGCUGCACAAUGCCACUUUCUGUCUGGUUCCUCGUGGUCGCAGGCUUGGAUCCUUCAGGUUCCUGGAGGCUCUGCAGGCUGCCUGUGUCCCUGUGAUGCUCAGCAAUGGAUGGGAGUUGCCAUUCUCUGAAGUGAUUAAUUGGAACCAAGCUGCCGUCAUAGGCGAUGAGAGAUUGUUAUUACAGAUUCCUUCUACAAUCAGGUCUAUUCAUCAGGAUAAAAUCCUAGCACUUAGACAGCAGACACAAUUCUUGUGGGAGGCUUAUUUUUCUUCAGUUGAGAAGAUUGUAUUAACUACACUAGAGAUUAUUCAGGACAGAAUAUUCAAGCACAUAUCACGUAACAGUUUAAUAUGGAACAAACAUCCAGGAGGAUUGUUCGUACUACCACAGUAUUCAUCUUAUCUGGGAGAUUUCCCUUACUACUAUGCUAAUUUAGGUGUAAAGCCCCCCUCCAAAUUCACUGCAGUCAUCCAUGCAGUGACCCCCCUGGUCUCUCAGUCCCAGCCAGUGUUGAAACUUCUCGUGGCUGCAGCCAAGUCCCAGUACUGUGCCCAGAUCAUAGUUCUGUGGAAUUGUGACAAGCCCCUACCAGCCAAACACCGCUGGCCUGCCACUGCUGUGCCUGUCAUCGUCAUUGAAGGAGAAAGCAAGGUUAUGAGCAGCCGUUUCCUGCCCUAUGAUAACAUCAUCACUGAUGCCGUUCUCAGCCUGGAUGAGGACACCGUGCUCUCUACCACAGAGGUGGAUUUUGCCUUCACAGUGUGGCAGAGCUUCCCUGAGAGGAUUGUGGGGUACCCUGCGCGCAGCCAUUUCUGGGAUAACUCUAAAGAACGGUGGGGCUACACAUCCAAGUGGACGAAUGACUACUCCAUGGUGUUGACAGGAGCUGCUAUUUACCACAAAUAUUAUCACUACCUGUACACCCAUUACCUGCCAGCCAGCCUAAAGAACAUGGUGGACCAGUUGGCCAAUUGUGAGGACAUUCUCAUGAAUUUCCUAGUGUCCGCUGUGACAAAAUUGCCUCCAAUCAAAGUGACCCAGAAGAAGCAGUAUAAGGAGACAAUGAUGGGACAGACUUCUCGGGCUUCCCGCUGGGCUGACCCUGACCACUUUGCCCAGCGCCAGAGCUGCAUGAAUACGUUUGCCAGCUGGUUUGGCUACAUGCCGCUGAUGCACUCUCAGAUGAGGCUUGACCCCGUCCUCUUUAAAGACCAAGUCUCUAUUCUGAGGAAGAAAUACCGAGACAUUGAGCGACUUUGA